CCGGCUAGGUUCCAGAGUUCCUGGGAAGUUCUGGAGAGUAGCAUGUGCUCCAGAAGACGGGAACUGUCUCUGGCACUGGGACUUCUACUGCAGCUUCACUUGUUCCUGACAACCAGCGUACAAGGUAAUUCAAAGUACGCAGCCUCCGGCAGUAACGUGAGUCUACAAAUCUCCAGUUUGCCGGCAAAAUACAAAUCACUCACCUGGUUUUAUACUGCUGACCAGAAGAUUGUAGGAUGGGAUUCCAGUAAGCCUAAAUACUUCAAAACUAAAUUUGAGAACAGGGCCAAGCGUGAUCUUCCAAAUGGCAUACUGCACAUCCACAAGGUCCAGGAGGAGGACAGCGGCACUUACCUCCUAAAGGUGCUAAAGGACACUAGGGAUGAGGAGGAAGAGAGGAUCCAACUGGUGGUGCUUGACCCUGUCCCGAAACCCGUCAUAAAUGUCACGAAGAUACAGGAUGCGAACAACUGUUACCCGAUCCUGUCCUGCUGUUACCCGAUCCUGUCCUGCAUGAUCCAGGAGCAGUCUGUGAACUACAGCUGGUGUGCAGACUUCACUCUAAAAUUGCUGCACAACAGCGUGCUUAAAGUGACCCACACGCCGCAGAACUACUCCAGGUCUUACACCUGCCAAGUCAGCAAUCCCGUGAGCAGCCAAAAUGACACAGUCAACUUCAUUUCAGCCUGUGGACUGGCCCCAUCAUCUAAAGUAGCUUGGACUACAACUUGGCUAGUGGUCAUGGUAACCACUGUUGGUCUCCUGUACACCCUCUUCUAACUUCAAGAGUGAAACUUCAAGAAUGCAAGAUCCUGCCCUCAUCAGCAACCACACUGUUAACCAGGACAGAAGCUCUGGCUGUAUGGAAUGGGGGAAAGUAUUGAGAU